AUGGCUUCUUCUUCAGAGAAUCCCCAGUCCUCUCCUGGCAGUGAUGCAAGUCCCUUUGAUGAUAGGAUAAGCAAUCUGACGGAGUCAAUUAUUUGCUACAUUCUAUCAUUCUCGCACACAAAUAAGGCUGUUGCAACUAGCACUUUAUCAAAAAGUUGGCAAUUCCUCUGGACUAAAGCUAACACCUUUUGGUUGGAUAAUAAUGGCAAUGACUUCGAGGAUUUUGAGGAAACUGUCGACAAGGUUUUGAUGAUUCAACUGGAAUUUGAAAAACUGGACAAUUUUCAUCUCUACUGGUCCAAGGACGACUACAUUGAUCCAGCUAACCUUAGUAAAUGGAUAAGCGAAGCAAUUGCUCGGAAUGUUAAGGUUAUUGGUAUCAUUGAUGAAUCUCCCCAUUAUGAUGAUGAGCUUAUUCAACUACCAGUUUCCCUUUUCACUUCUAAGACAUUAAAAUCUCUCAGCUUGCAAGGACCUUUCCUGGUUGAGGUCCCUGGUACCAUUUAUCUUCCCAAACUACGAGACUUGCAACUUAAUUAUGUUUUAUAUUGUUGGGCCCGGUUCCCCUCCAAUUGGGCCAACAAAAAGGAAACAAAACCAAGCCUAAUUAGGCUUUGGUUUUGGAGUUGA